AUGGAUACGGAGCCUGAACCAAAUCCCCCCAAAAAAGUAUUCAACCCGAAGAAGAUUAUAUGGCAGAUUGGAAAAGCAGUCAAAAAACCAAUCUAUAGUGCUGCCACAGCUAUUCGAAAGAAUGGAGAGAAGGCCAUGGUCCGCCCAAGCAACCACAAGCGAGAAGCGACCCCGCCUGUUGACCCAAAGUUCCUUUGGUGGAAGAUAAAGAAAGCAGUCAAGGCGCCAGCCUAUAAUGCUGCCACGACCGUUCGAAAGUACAGAGAGAAGGCCCUGGUACGCCCAAGCAACAACAAGAGGGACAAUUAA